AUGAACAGCAGAAACAGCAGCAGUGUCAGCAAGAGUUGCAGUGUCAAUAACAGCAACAAAAUCAGCAGCAGCAGCAAUGUCAGCCACAAAAAUGUUAGCAACAAUGAUAACAACAGUGUUGAGAGCAGUACCAAUGCCAACAGUGGCAAUAAUAACAGCAUCAAGAGUAGCAGUAUCAGCAAUGGCAUGGACAACAACUGUAGUAACAGUAGCAGAAGUGACUGCAUUGAUAGCACUGCCAACACUAAUGAAAACAUCAUCAGCAGCAGUAAAAACAACAGCAGGAAGAGUUACAACAAUACCAAUAACAGCAGCAGCUACUGUAACAGCAGCAACAGCCACAGUAACAGAAACACCAGCAGCAGUAAAAGCAAAAACAGUACCAAUAAUAGCAGCAUCAGCACCAGUAACAAUAGCAAUAGCAACAAUGACAGCAACAAUAGCAAACGUGACAGCAGCAACAGCAAUAGGGACAACAGCAAAAGAAACAGUAACAUAAAUAACAACAGUAAAUGCAGGAACAUCAAUAGUAACUACAGCAUCACCAGUAACUGUGGUAACAGCAAUAAUAAAAGCAACAAUAGCAACUGUGACAGUGGCUACAGGAAUAGUAGCAAUAGCAACAGUGGCAGUAGCAACUGGAACAGCAGCAACAAUAGUAACUGCAGCAACAGGAACAGUAAUGACAGCAACAGUAAGAGCAGAAACAACAGUAACAGCAGUGAUCAAAACAGUAACACUAGCAACAACAGUAGCUGCAGCAACAGUAACAGCAACAAUAGCAACCGCAACAGCAGCAACAGUAAGUGCAUUAGUAGUAAUAGUAAUAUCAACAAUAGUAACAGCAGAAACAGCAACAGUAACAGCAGCAACACCAGUAACUGUAGCAACAAUUACAGCAGCAACAACAAAGCAACAGUAGCAACAGCAGUAACAGCAACAGUAACAACAGCAACAGUGUCAACAAUAACAGUAACUAUAGCAACCACCACAGUAACAGCUAUAACAAUAACUAUAAUAACAGCAAUAAAUAACUGCAGCAACAGUAAAAAUAACUGGAACAAUGGCAACUGCAGCAACAGCUACAGUGGGAGCAGCAACAACAACAGUGACAACAGCAUCAACAUCAACAGCAGUAACUACAGCAACUUCCACAGUAACUGCAGCAACAACAGUAACAGCAUCAACAAUAUAACUGCAGCAACAGUGACAGCAGCAAUGAACAACAGUGACAGCAGCAAAAGCAACAAUAAGAGCAGCAACAGCUACAGCAGUGACAGCAACAGUAACAGCAGCAACAGUAACAGCAGCAACAGUAACAGCAGCAACAAUAACAGCAGCAACAGUAACUACAGAAAUAGCCACAGUAACAGCAGCAACGUUAUCAGUAACAGCAGUAACAGCAACAAUAGCAGUAGUGACAAUAGUAACUGCAGAAACAGUGACAGCAGCAAUGACAACAGUGAGAGCAGCAAAAGCAACAAUAAGAGCAGCAACAGCUAUAGCAGUGACAGCAACAGUAACUACAGCAACAGCAAUAAUAACAGCAGCAACAGCAACAUCAGCACCAUCAAUAACGACAACAGUAGCAACAACAACAGUGACAACAGCAACAGUAACAGUGACAGCAGCAACAGCAAUACCAGCAACAGCAACAGUAACAAUGGCAACAGUAGUAACAACAGUAACUGCACCACCACCAACAAUAAGAGCAACAACAGCAACAGUGACAGCAGCGACAGGAGCAGCAAGGUAACCAGUAGCAACAGCAACACCAACAGUGACACCAGCAGAAAUAACAGUAAGAACAACAAAAGCUACAGCAGUAACAGCAACUGUAAGAGCAACAAUAUCUACAACAGCAACAUCACCAGUAACAGCAGCAACAUUACCAGUAACAUUAGCAACAAUGACAGCAGCAGCAACAGUAACUACAGCAACAGUGUUAGCAGCAAUAGCAACAGUCACAGCAGCAAAAGUAGCAGUAAGAGGAAUAACAGCAGUGACAGCAACACAACAGUAACUGCAGCAACAACCACAGUCAACAGCAACAGUGACAAUGACAGCAGCAGGGACAAUAGCAACUGCAACCACAGCAUUAAUAGUGGCAGCAACAGUGACAGCAGCAAAAACAACACUAUCAGCAGCAACAACAGUAACAGCAGCAAUAGCAACAAUGACAGUAACAACAGUAACAGUAACAGCAACAACAACAGUUUUAGCAGGAACAGCAACAGUAACAAUAGCAGCAACAACUGUAGCAACAGCAAUGGUGACAGAAGCAACAGCAAUAGUGACAGCAGCAAAAGCAACAGUAUCAGCAGCAACAUCACCAGUAACAGCAACAAUAGUAACAAUGGCAGCAGCAACAGUAAGAAGAACAAUGGCAACAGUGACCACAGCAAAAGCAACAGUAAGAGGAGCAACAGCGACAGCCGUGACAGCAAUGGUAAUAGCAGCAGCAACAGUAACAGCAGAAACAGCAACUACAGCAACAACAGUUUAAAAGCUUGA